AUGUCGAUUUCUGGCAUCCAAGGUCAACUUCUCGAAGUCACAGUUGUUGCUUGUAAUAAACUGAAAGACACCGAGUGGAUUUCUAGGCAAGAUCCCUACGUUUGUCUCGAAUAUGCUAGCAGUAAACAUCGGACUCGUACUUGUACAGAUGGAGGUAAAAACCCCACAUUUCAAGAGAAAUUCGUGUUUACGUUGAUAGAAGGUUUGAGAGAGAUCUCGGUUGUGGUUUGGAACAGCAACACACUCACUUUCGACGAUUUUAUCGGAACUGGAAAGAUUCAGUUGCAGAAAGUUCUGUCUCAGGGUUAUGAUGACAGCUCGUGGCCUCUUCAGGACAAAAGAGGAAGGCAUGCUGGCGAAGUUCGACUGAUCAUGCACUAUCCUAAUGCAAUUAAGCCAGCAAAAACUCACGUCACGUCGACUCAAUCGGCUCCUACGGCCCCACCUUUUGCCGGCACACCAUCAUCAACUCACAUCCCAAUGUACUCGACUCCUCCUCCUUCUGUGGCUCCUUAUCCCCCAACGAGCUAUCCACCACCACCGAAUCUUUACCCUUCUUACCCUCCAAAUCCCUCUGGACACCCCCCACCGCCUUAUCACCCGCCCGCUUAUCCUUAUCCUCCGACCUCAUCCUAUCCCCCAAACACAGGUUAUCCUCCAACCUCAGCGUAUCCUCCAAACACAGCUUAUCCUCCGACCUCAGCGUAUCCUCCAAACACAGCUCAUCCCCCGCCUCCCCACGACCAUUCCUAUUAUCCUCGAGGGGGUUCACUUCCUACGGCACCUUAUCCUCCACCAUACUAA